CGAUAAAGCCUUAGGGCACUUUGAUUGGCGUGAUUCCCCACAAUGGGUCAGUUGAUAAGCACGACUCACGUACCGCCAUCCCUUCAAAUCCCCUGUCAAUUCAAACAACACACCUCCGUAAUAUCCGCAUUCAACAAACAACAAUGAGCACUCCCGUCCGUAUCCCGACCGCCUCGGCGUCUUCUCGUACCCGUGAGGGAUCCUCCUCGGGUUCGUCCGGAUCACCAACCUCCUUGACGUCAUCUUCGGCUUCCUCCUCUUAUGACUCUCCAACACAUAUUUCGACCGGUCGAAGGCAGUCCUUCUUGAACCCCCUCCAUGCUGAGCAGAGCUUCAAGAUCUAUGAUCUUGGGCCGGCGGAUCGAGCUGCGCCGGUUGUUGUGCUUUCCGCGAGUCAGGUAGGUAUGAUCGAGAGGCUGUCCGCUACAGCAACUGACCUAUUACUACAGGGUUGGAAGUGGUCACCAGAUGCUUUCCUUUCUCGUUACCACCAGUCGUUGAUUUCUGAUCGAUCAUCGGAUGAGCCGGAGGAGCCUGUCGUGCACGAGAUUCACCUGACAGAGGAAGAGCUCAUGGGCCAGGCAUAAUGCUGCGGGUGUAUGCGCAUCUAAUAUCACAUAGGUGUUUGGACUUGGUUUCAAUGUGUUUUUUGGCGUACGUGAUCUGUUGUUUGUCUUCUCGGUGUAUCUCGUUAUCCCCUUUGUUUUACUGUCACAUAAUAAAUGCUACUUUUGCUAGGAU